AUGGAAGAAGCUCAAGAGUUGUUGGUGGAAGUGCCAGAGGCGCCUGCCACCCCUGGAAGCUGGCGCUGGAAAGCCAUGGGCUCUGUAGUCGUGCUGGCACUGGUGGGCUGCGCAGCGUUCGCAUACAAGACCAUGCCUGCAGAAGAGCCUGCGUGGACAUCCAGUGUGAUGCAGACCAUCAACGAUUGGGAGGAAAUCCCUGGGAUCGACAAGGUCAUCGAGCACGCCAAGACCCUCGAGCUGAAGCAGCCCCUGCGCAACUUGAACGACUUGUUCUAUGAGUCCCAACCGGAGGAACUGCCAUGGAUUCGCACCGAGUGUGUGAUCGACGUGGUUCAGGGCGCCGCCUACUUGGGACAGGCAGUGGUCUUCUUGUACAAGGCCAUUGACUACGACGGGCUCAAGUGCCCAAACAACUCUCCAGUGGGCUGCGCUGCCAGUGUGGCGGGUUUCAUCACCUCCAUCACCUGGAUCGCCUCUUACCUCUCCUUCGCCGCCAACGCCUGUGGCGCCGCCGUCAACUCUGGUGCCCUCUGCGCGGGAGACUGGACGGCCCUGAUGGCGAACUUUGGCGAGAUGGCGACUGUUGGUGCAGCUGUCAAGGAGGACUGCGACUUCAACAAGGACUGGAUCGCCCUGCUUCACGUGACCGACGCCAACCCCCUGCCACCCAACUGGCAAGCCUUCGUCCCUGCUGGCGCCGCACCCACCGUGGAGACCAUCGCCAAGGUGGACGCGCUCCGUACGUCAAAGCGCAACCGCAACUUCGACCUCACGCAGUGCGUCAUGGCGGACGUGACGAACGCGGCCUCCUACAUUGUGCGUGUCAUCUUGCAGAUCCGCUCUGCGGCCAGCGCCUGCCCCGAGCCAAAGGCCUGCGCGAUCAACAUCAUGAACAUUAUCAGCUCCUUCGCGUGGAUCUCCCAAUUUACGGCAUUGGCCGUGUCGGACUGCUGGACCAAGGGAAGCCAGAAGGCACUCUGCGCUGCCGAUAUCUCUGACAUGGUGGCGGCGGUCACCAACGGCCCAGCGGCCGGCAUCGCCACUACCUCUGAUUGUGCUGAUAUGCCGGACCCUGUGGAGGAGGAGAAGCAUCUUCCAAUGGACUAAGACAGAGGAGCCAAGGAGAGACAUCGGUGCCGCGGUUGCCACACUGGUGCUCCAUCACAGGCAGGGACGCAGGCAACCGCAUCGAAGAGUCACACAACGUGCAUUGAAUCGAAGAGUCAAACGACAUCGGAAGAACAGCGGUUUUUUAAAGCUUUUUUUGGGUGUGUUUGGUAGAAUUAUCCUUAUUAUGUUGUACCAAGUCACAAACCACCAUGGGGUGGUUGUUUUCCUCAUUUGUCAGGUCAAGGGUCGCUAGAUUGUGUGUCAGCGACUGUGCCCCGUCCUUCCUCCCUUCUCCGCCUUCUGACAGAGUGGAGCGCGGUGGAGUGCCUUGCGGGUUUGGGCAGAGUGAGCACGAAGAGAUGCUACUGUUAGAACGGAUGUCAGAAUACAUCACAGAGAGAGCGUGCCAGAGCAUCGCAAAUGAUGGAAGGUUUGAUGCCAGAACACAUGUCAGAACCUAUGACAAAACAAACCUCGGAACACAUAUCAGAACCGAAGUCGACCACAUUUUGCAACACAUUUCAGGAUAUACAUAAUGCCAGGUCUUGAUGCGAGAGCACAGCACAUGUCAGAAGUACAUGCCAGAAGAUAUGUCAGACGGAAGGCGACAGAACACAGACAGACAUACACAAGUUGAUAGAACACAUGUCGGACUGCGUGCCAAUGCUUUGAAGUCAGUUCUGGGCAGGUGUGGGGAUCACUCGAAGUGAAGUAGUUAGUUUGUUUUGGGAUGCAGGGAAAGGGGUUCUCCAAGGUCCAAGGGGUUAAGGAUUGGGUAUAUAUGUAUAUAGAUCUUCGGAGGUGCUGAGGGCAACGCCGUCAGGAGGCCGCGCGUACCGUCCAG